GCGCCUCGGCACUCUAGCUGAGAGACAGUCAAUACAGAGGGAACUGACAGAGCCCCAAGGAAACAAUACGGUAGAGAAAGAAACAUGGUGAACACAAGAAGAAGCACGCAGCUCCAGCCAUGCAGUCCUGUCAUCUCCGGUUGGACGAGGUCGUCUACUCGAAACAACCCAAACUUGGAAGAACACAACCAUAAGGACCCUAACAGUAAUAUCAGCUCUGGUAGCCCACGCUUGUCGCCUCCAUCAAAACGAAAACGCAGACAUACAACACCUAGCUCCAGUGACACUUCACCAAGUCCCCAGAGCAAAGCGCAGAGAGUUACAUGGAGCACAUCCAAACACUGCACCAGGUUAUCAACUGGUGCUUUACAAAAUGGACAUGCUUUAGGCCGGAGGACCCUGCGGGUAGAUGACAGCACAGAUGGGGACGAUGCCCGCUUGAAUGGCCACGUUGAGCUGAAGAGGAGCUGUCGCUCUAGGAAGAGCCGCUUUCAGCACCUCAACCAGAGCCUGCUGUUUGACCAGCUGGUCAACAGCACGGCAGAGGCGGUGCUUCAAGAGAUGGACAACAUCAGCAACAUUCGACAGAAUCGAGAAGUGGAGCGGCUUCGCAUGUGGACAGACACAGAACUGGAAAACAUGGACAUGUAUUCACGUGUGAAAAGGCGGAAGUCGAUGAGGAGGAAUACAUUUGCAAUGCAGACACACCAUAAAGUCAUCAGCAAAUCUGAAGCCCCAGAAGAGGAGGGAAGGGAAGAAGAGGAAACUGAUGAAUCCCAUGAGGAGGGAGAUGACGAUGAAGGGGAAGAUGAUGAAGAUGAUGAAGGAGAUGAAGCAGAGGAAGCAGGAGAGGAGAAUGAUAGACCUUACAACCUUAGGCAGCGUAAAACCGUGCAGCGUUAUGAGGCACCACCCAUUGUGCCAGUAAACAGAAAACAAAGUAAGAACACAGUGUUUGACACACACAGAUCCCCUGCAAGAAGAAGCCAUAUCAGAAUAAAGAAGCAUGCUAUUCAUAGUAGCGAUACAACGUCCUCAUCGGACGAGGAGCGGUUUGAAAGAAGAAAAAGUAAAAGCAUGACACGUGCUCGGAACAGAUGUCUGCCUAUGAAUUUGCGAGCAGAGGACCUGGCCAGUGGUGUGCUUCGUGAUCGGGUGAAAGUUGGUGCUAGUUUAGCUGACGUGGACCCCAUGAAUCUGGAUACCUCUGUGAAGUUUGACAGUGUAGGCGGGCUUACCUCUCACAUUAAGUCUCUCAAAGAGAUGGUGGUCUUUCCUCUUCUCUACCCUGAAGUGUUUGAGAAGUUUAAGAUUCAGCCUCCAAGGGGUUGCCUGUUCUAUGGUCCUCCAGGGACAGGGAAGACUUUGGUGGCUCGGGCGCUGGCAAACGAGUGCAGUCAGGGCGACACUAAGGUCUCCUUUUUUAUGCGGAAGGGAGCCGACUGCCUCAGCAAAUGGGUGGGAGAAUCAGAACGACAGCUCCGCCUUCUUUUUGACCAGGCAUACCUCAUGAGACCGUCUAUCAUCUUUUUUGAUGAGAUCGACGGCCUUGCACCUGUUCGUUCUAGCAGACAGGAUCAGAUUCACAGCUCCAUAGUUUCCACGUUGCUGGCUUUAAUGGAUGGUUUGGACAGUCGAGGGGAGAUAGUGGUCAUUGGUGCUACAAACAGACUUGACUCUAUCGACCCUGCACUCAGGAGGCCUGGUCGUUUUGACCGGGAAUUUCUGUUCAACCUGCCAGAUAAACAGGCUCGAAAGCACAUUUUAGAAAUUCACACCAGGGAUUGGAACCCAAAGCUGUCAGAUUCCUUUAUGGAUGAGUUGGCAGAAAAAUGUGUCGGGUACUGUGGUGCCGACAUUAAAGCACUUUGCACCGAGGCGUCACUGGCGGCAUUGCGGCGGCACUAUCCUCAAAUAUACAGCAGCAGCCAGCGCUACAAAUUGGACGUGGGUUCUAUCGUGCUGGGUCCGCAGGACUUUGGUCGUGCUUUGCGUGCUAUUGUUCCAGCUGCUCAGAGAGCUCUUGCACCACCAGGCCGGGCCUUGUCCUGCACACUGCAGCCUCUGCUGGAGCGAUCAUUUGCCCACACACUCUCCUGCCUGCUGCGAGUCUUCCCCCAUGCAGAGCUCCCACACAGGGAACAAACUCACGACUCUGACAAUCAGCUGCUGGAGGAGGACUCUUACAGCGAGGGGGAAGAAGGAGCUGGUGCUCAGUCCAUUUAUGAUGUUCAGCCAGAAUCUCCAAAGAAAUCACACACAUCUACUGUUCACAAACCCUUCCUUCAUUUUACUACGUCUGCCUAUCAGCAGCCAACCUCAUACCGACCACGGCUUCUGCUAACAGGGCCUCAGGGCUCGGGUCAGAGCACACACCUGGCUCCUGCUCUGCUGCAUCACCUCAACAAGUUCACUGUGCAUCGCCUCGACCUGCCCACGCUUUACUCUGUCAGUGCCAAGACCCCAGAGGAGUCCUGCGCUCAGGUGUUUCGGGAGGCACAGCGGAGCGUGCCAAGCGUAAUCUACAUGCCACACGUCAGUGAUUGGUGGGAGGCCAUAAGUGACACGGUGAAGAGUACGUUCCUCACACUGCUGCAGGAUGUUCCCUCCUUCACCCCACUUCUCAUCCUUGCCACGGCUGAGAUCAGCUACCAGCAGCUCCCUGAAGAGGUAAAGUGCAUGUUCAGUCGCUCCUAUGGUGAGGUGAUGUGUCUCACAACACCUGGGGAGGAGGACCGCAGGAAGUUCUUCAGUGAUCUUAUACUGGUGCAAGCAGCCAGGCCACCACUCCGUCCGAGAAAAAAAGUGUGUGAUCUUGAGGUGCUGCCUUUGGUGGAAGACCCUGGCCCUCGGCAGCUCUCUCCAGAGGAGCAGAAGCGACUUGAGGAGCAGGAGGAGAACACCCUGCGCGAGCUCCGCCUCUUUCUCAGGGAUGUCACCAGGCGGCUGGCCACCGACAAGCGCUUCCACAUCUUCAGCAAGCCUGUAGAUAUUGAGGAGGUAUCGGAUUAUCUCGAGGUCAUCAGAGAGCCCAUGGAUUUGUCCACCGUCAUGACAAAGAUUGACACUCUCAAGUACACAGCUGCGAAAGACUUUCUGAAGGACAUUGACCUCAUCUGCAGUAAUGCGUUGGAGUACAAUCCAGACAAAGAUCCAGGAGAUAAGAUAAUACGGCAUAGGGCUUGCAGUCUGAAGGACGCGGCUCAUGCAAUGAUUGCGUCUGAGCUAGACCCAGAGUUCGACCGCAUGUGUGAGGAGAUUAAAGAGUCUCGAAGGAAAAGGGAUUUCCAGAUGACACAGCAGCCAGCUGCCACUCCGACAUCUGUAACAGGCAGGAGGCCAGUUGGGGGAGACGAGGCCACUGGCAGCACCUCGCAGGCUGAUGUGGUGGAGAAGCAGCACAACAGCAGCAUAAAGCGCAAAGUUCGGCGUCGGUCAAUCUGGGAGCGUGGCAUCAUCAGGAAGAAGAAAAGCAACAAGAAGGAGGAGAUAGAAGACGACGAUGAGCCUGAGGAGGAUGAAGGACCUGACGAUUCAAUUGUUGCAGGUCAGGGCCAUGCCAGUCCGGCUCAGGACGAGUCCUCCUCCGACACCGCAGAACCCCAACCUGAUCAACCCCUUCCCCAACCCAAUGGAUAUGCUCUAAGCACUGAAGAGGAGAACUCCAGUGAAGCCACUGCAACUCAAGAUCCUCAAGGCCAAGAUAAGGCCACAACUACCUUUAAGAACCCUCCUUCAGGAGAGGAGAAAGAGGCAGCAGCGCUCUCUGAGCCCAAAGCGUGCGUAAACGGAGACGAGUCGAUGGACAGUAUAGACAGCGAAGCCAAUGAAAAGGAAUCAGGGAGCAGUAACGAGGAGCUCACCGCUUCUGUAAGAGAGUAUCAGGCUGGAUUGGAAGAUACAGUGGAAGAAGGCAAGUCAAAUGACUGCGCUCCAGCAGGAGAUGGAGCAGCUAGUGAUGAAGUUCAUGAAAAAGAAGUUAUCUCCAAAGACAAGGUGUGUAGAAGAAGCCAAUCAGAACAGCAGAAAGAAGUUCUUGCUGAGAGGCCGGAGGAACCCCCACAGCCUCCACCUCCACCUGCUUUAGUUGUAGACUAUCAACGACUCAAGGCUCUGCUAGAUCAAGUUGUGAUAAAGAGUAAGGGUUAUAGUGUGGAUCAACUGGAAAGACUUUACUCAGUGCUCAGCCAGUGUAUUUACCAGUACCGCAGGGAUUAUGACAAGACCUGCCUGAUUGAGGAGAUGGAGAGGCAAGUCCAGCAUUUCAAUACAUUCCUGUAAUGAAACCAGGUGAACAUAAUCAGAGACUCCUGUAAUGCAAAAAAAAAAGGAGACCAAGUUAAAGAACCAAGCUGCUACAGCGAGCCAAGCAGGUUUGGUAUUAAAUAGCAAAGGAAGAGGUAAGGAGACUUGCAAAGACUUUCAGUGGCAACCUUGGUGCUAUUGUCUCAGGUACCUGGACAGAACUAGUCUACAGAACCAAACACAAGUCAAGACUCGUAUAGGUUUCAAAAACAUAUAUGCCAAUUUCUAACGGGCGUUCUUGGUGCUAUUAGGUGCUAUUGUUUAUCCAUUUGCUGCUCCUUGAGUUUCUUUAAAAAAAAAAAAAAAAAGUGAGAAAAGGGAAAAAAAAAUUGAUUGUGUGAUGUCACUUAAACACCUUGGUCUCAUUUGUCAGGAAGAGACAGCACACAUCACCAUACAGGCACAGAUUCUCACCAGCAGUAGUAAAACCCCACAUGAACAAGGUGUAAUGCCACGAGGUCAUGCCAGUUUGUUACUGACUGUGGAAAGGAUUGCAUCAUUCUCCCUCUAUGAAUAACAUCUUAAUGUUUUGUCUCCCUGUGACCUUUAACUAGUAGACAGUGAUAAUCCCGUCCAGAAUACACACCCUCUAACACUGAAUUGUGAGCAUUUUCUACCUGAUGCAUGUCAUAAAUCCCUUGUAGAGGGGAAAAAAAAAACCUGGUGCACCAUCGUAUUAAAAGGGGCCCUAAAUUAAAAGUUAAAUUUAUUACAGUGGAAUUAUCACAGUACAAUGAUGCAGUAAACCAAGUUUUUAUCAUUUUUAUUUUUUGUAGAUUUUAAAAUAACUGGAAACAUAUCUAGCUACAGCUUCAGGAAUGUUUUCCAAGAGGCGUGUCGCCUCUUGAAAGUUGAUCUCUUCCUGCCUAAUGAGCAUUUACAGUUUGGUAUUGUCAUGGCCACAUAUAUAUUUGUCUUUUGGGAAAAGAUGACUGUGUAAACCCUUUUCACUUGAGGCUGAUCUAAACAAAUUUUCAAAAACUGUUUGUUUUUUUGUUUUUUUCUUUUGAAUGAGCAACACCCACAUAAUCCUUAAGACAGUUAUUUUGACACCAUUGGUUACGCCAUAACCUUAUGUUGUAAUAUUUUGUAUUAUUUUGUAUUAUUUGCUUUUUUUUUAAAUUACCUCUUAGUUUGAGUUAUAUGAAUGCUAAGAUUGUUUGCAUUAAUUAAUGAAUGAUGAACAAGGCAAUUUUAGCCAGAGUGGUUUGUUCAGUAUAGAGCAUUAUUAUUGUUGUGUUCAAUUUAUUUUUGUAUGAUAUUUUGAUUUUUUUUUUUUUUUUUUGUCCAUGGUUUAGUUGUGUUAAGACUUUUGCUUAGUGGCUACUUUAUUUUUUUUAGUAGCUAGGUUCUGGUUGGUUUUUGGCCUUGUGUGUUUAAUGCCAAGGACUUUUCACUGAAAGACCUGAAAGCUUUUUUCUUUAGUAAGAUUCUUUUUUUAAAAGCUUUUUUUCUUUAGUUUGCAGGAAAAAAAAACUUACCUGAAGUUAAGACUCAUCUCAGUUUUAUAUUAUUUGAAGUCUACUUAAAAACCAUUCAAAAACAUGCAAGAAGAGAAAUUAGCUUUGGAUUACUGCAGCGAGAUGGAGAACCCUGGCUACCUCAGUUAAAAGUUAUUUAAGACAACAUGUUUAUCAAAGACGUACAGUAUUUGUAAACAUCUGUAACAUCGCUGCACCUUCAUCAUUUGAAAGCCCGGGUACUGAGCAACAAGUCCUGUGGCCGAUGCAGUAAUUCAUCCUUUUGUUUGGUUUUGGUUUCUGUUCCUUUAAGUUUCGCAGUUGAGCCUACACAAAUAGCACAUUAACUUCGAUAAAAGUUUGUAUUAUAUAUAUAUUUGUUUCCUAUCCAAUGGACCUUGGUGAUGGCAGCCAUAUUGUUUGUCCACUUCACUACAGUUUCUACUCUCUAUGUCCUGCAUAACUGCAUAAUUUUUAGCUAUUUAUCUUACGCUGUACUUGUUUAUUUAUUAACAUGAGUACUGGUGUGAUUGAGCGUUUGUUCAUAUUUUUCGUACACCGUUGACUAAAAGGGGACAAAUUGGAAAUUUGUUACAGCUUUUAAAGUCAGAGCCAUGUCAUGAUGUAGCAUGUUUGUGUAGCAGGGUUGCGCAGGCGGAAGAGGUUUACUGGUCUCAGGUCUCUGCUACAUUUUAUGAUCUAUUUAUUCCAUUAUGAUGGUGCUGGUGUUGCUUUAUGGGCUUUGUGGUAAAUACAUCUAAUGUAAUAAGUGUUUUAACACCUCCUCCUCUGUAUCUCCUGCACAUGAUCUGCUUGUUCUCUCUGAUUCUGUAGGUACUACUGUGAUGCUGACCACUGGGUCUGAGAGCAUUUGAGCUUAUAGUCUAUUUCGUAAGGAUUCAAUGAAUUGGAAAACGUACAAAAUAUUACAUGUUUAUAAAUUUCUUUUUCAGUUUUGUUCUGGUCCGAAACAAUCACUUUUUUUUUUUUUUUUUUUUAACAACGAUUGUGUAAGAAGUCACAUUUUAAACUGGAUCAAAUUUAAAUUGGAAACACUUCUAAUAUUUAUAUUAGAAUAAUUUAAAGUAACAAGAUGGUGAUCUGGACACGGUACAGGAAAUCCAUCUAUUAUGUGAAACCCCUUUUUUUUUCCCCCUGCUGAUACGAUUUGUGCUUGAUCUUACAGAAUCCAUUAUUCUGUGAUGUAUAUCUUAAAACAGCAAGGCACUGUUUUGAGUCUGUGAAUGCUAUCCAAGAAAAACCUGUAAUGUCUUAUGAUUUUGGUUCAAAGCAUUUGUCAGAAGUGGUACUAUUGAUAACCUGAUGCUGAGUCUCACUUCACGUUUUACAUUAGCUCAGUUUUCCACAUUUGGUUUGAUUAGUCUAGUUACAGCUUUCUACAAAAAUCUGUGCUAUUGUUAGACCAAAAACUGGCUUUCUACAAAACUGCCUGACUACUAUACUGACACCUGACCGGAGCCUUAAACAAGUGUUACUGAAAUAAAUAAACAAGCAAACAAACAAACAAAAAAAAAAGUGUCCCAUUCUGAUCUUGCUUAAUCAUCUGAAGAAGAGCUAAAUUUAAGUCAUUUCGUUUUUCAUUUAUCCUGAUUAAAAAGCAAGUGGGUUAAACAUCCAGUUUGUUGACAUGCUCAGGAGGGGAGCUGAGGUAUGCAGGUUUUUUUUUUUUUUUUUUUUCUUAAAUAAAACCUCUUUCACUUAUAUAACAAUUGCCUCUGAUAUGUACUCUGUUGUUUAUUUAUUGAUCUAAGAUUGGGGGUUUGUAUUUCUGCUAUUGCCAGGGUCUUUGCAGCAUUUUCUCAAACUGGUAAAAGACUCAUUUGAAACCUGGUUAAUAUCCAGUCGAGCGUUAUUUUAGUGGAAGUCCUGUUGAAAUGAAUACAUUUACUGUAAUUUCUUAAACUGCUGUGAUUAUACUUGAAUAAAAGGUGCAAAUUGUA